AUGUCCACUCACCAGCGUUCCGACUUAGUGUCCUUUGACGAAAUCAACUACGCCAACCUCAAAGAUUUACACAAGGCUAGAGACUCCUACUUAAGAGAGCAAUACGUCAGAGGAGCCUCCUUGAAGACUGUCCGUAAGGCUUUGGGUCACUGCUACCACACCAGUGGUGUCAACCACUUCGAAGACUGCAGAGAGUUGGCUGAGUUGUACUUGACCAUGCUUAGAACCCACCAGAUCACUGGCUACAUGGGCUAUCAAAGAUACGAUCCAUCCAAAUAG